GUUAGGCGCUCUCGGGUAACUUCUCGCGCAGUUGUUUUCAGCUCGGAGGUCUACAGGCCAAAGGCCAGACCGCGGAGACGAGCGAGGAGAGGUUAGGUUGUACUGUAGUAAACUUCAGCGGAUAUAUGAGAGUACUCGCGUGAAUCCAGACACACCGGCGCCGUCGACAUGUUCACGCGCGGAUCGAAGAAGCGACGCUCCAAUCGCUCGAUAGACGCUGAGGAUCCGGACAGGGGGCAGCCGUGUAUGCGCUGUGGAGAACAGUGUCCUGGCUUCCGCAUGCAUGGAUGGAGGAAGAUCUGUGUGCACUGUAAGUGUGUGCGGGAGGAGCAUGUGGUGCGCUCUGUGCCCGGACAGCUGGAGAGGAUGAUGAUGAAGCUGGUGUCAGACUUCCAGAGGCACUCCAUAUCCGACGACGACUCGGGCUGCGCCUCAGAAGAAUAUGCCUGGGUGCCGCCCGGGAUCAAGCCUGAACAGGUGUAUCAGUAUUACAGCUGUAUUCCAGAGGACAAGGUUCCUUACGCCAACAGUCCAGGAGAACGAUAUCGAAUUAAACAGCUUCUACACCAGCUGCCGGCCCAUGACAGCGAGCCUCAGUACUGUAACUCUCUGGAUGAAGAAGAGAAGAAAGAACUGAGGUUAUUCAGCCAGCAGAGGAAGAGAGAGAAUCUGGGCCGUGGCAUCGUACGACUUUUUCCAGUCACCAUGACCGGAGCCAUCUGUCAACAGUGUGGCAGGCAGAUCUGCGGCGGUGACAUCGCGGUGUUUGCGUCACGAGCGGGUCACGGCUCCUGCUGGCAUCCUCAGUGCUUCCAGUGCACUUCCUGUAGCGAGCUGCUGGUGGAUCUGAUUUACUUCUAUCAGGACGGACACAUCUACUGCGGCCGGCACCACGCCGAGCGCAUCAAACCCCGCUGCCAGGCCUGCGACGAGAUCAUCUUUGCGGACGAGUGUACGGAGGCGGAGGGCCGGCACUGGCACAUGAAGCACUUCUGCUGUUUCGAGUGUGAGACGGCGCUGGGCGGCCAGCGCUACAUCAUGAGAGAGAGCCGGCCGUACUGCUGCCACUGCUAUGAGUCUCUGUACGCCGAAUACUGCGACACCUGCGGAGAACACAUCGGUAUAGAGCAGGGUCAGAUGACGUACGAGGGCCAGCACUGGCAUGCGUCCGAGGCCUGUUUCUGCUGCGCCUGCUGUCAGCUCCCUCUGCUGGGCCGACCCUUCCUGCCUCGCAGCAGACUCAUCUUCUGCUCCCGCUCCUGCUCGCUCGGGGAAGACCCAGACAACUCUGACUCCUGCGAUUCUGCCCUGCAGAGCAAACCAGUGUCACACAAGAGCAUUCAAAACCAGCAGUGCACAUCCACACCACGGCCACAGGAGGGAGCCAGCGUCAGAGCAGCCAGCACAACAACAGCAAACGGGGCUCAUGUCACACUGGGCAGCAACGCUACAUGUGUCCUCACCUCUUUCAAUCCUAUACACAAUGGCCAACCUCCACCGUAUGAUCAAAUACAAACACAACACUCACAGCUCUGUCCAGCAGCCAAUGACAGGACGGCAUUCGUUUGCAAGGAUCAAUCAGGCAUCAGCAAACAGCGAGUGACUCACCGGCCAGACAGUCUGGAGUUUACGGUGGAGCUGAACGGAUACGCAGAAUUUGGCCCUUUUCCACCGAGCUGCACGUCUAGAGGGACUUCCACUGCAAAGGAUUGUGGGAACGUCAGUUGUACAGGAAUUUCCUCUCAGCUGGAGUCUUCAGAUGCGUUUGACGAUCUAAAUGACUCCGACUCCUUCCCGCCUCCUCCGCCCCCUGUUUUCUUCGAUCCGUCUGAUUCCCGGGCCGCUGUCAUUGAAGCCGAGGACGCCCCUGCAGCACCGGUCCGCGGCAGCACUGCCAGGGUCAGCUUCAGAGAGCCAAUCAGCUGCAGCUAUUCAGUGGAAGAGGAAGAGUGGGAGGAAGAGGAACGGGUGGAGAUGCAGAGAAGAGAGGGAGAGGAAGAGGAGCAGGAGGAAGAUGGAGAGGAGGUGGAAGGAAGUUUGGGACACAGGUUGCGUUUCUGCAUUGAAGUACCAUCUCAAAUGGAGCUGCUGGAUGGGUCGUACCACCGCAGUUUCCGCCGGGGAAGCGGUGGCCACCAUCCCACGGAGAAGAGGCUCAGACGCUCCCGAGGUUCACGAAGCGACAGACCUCGUCUGGAAACCCUGGAAAGCAGGGUAGGAGACUGCAGGCGGUCCAACAGCGUCCUGGACAGCAGCCUUACCCUGCACUCCACCCGCUACCGACAUGAAGACUCCUGCUCCACCUGCUCCUCUUCCUCAGGCUCCGAGGAGGAAGGCUUCUUUCUGGGCCAGCGCAUUCCUCUGCCGCCGCAGCUGACGGGUGGAGAGAGAGCAGCAGAAGGACAAACAGAGGACGAGGACAAGAGCCGAAGAGGAAGCUUCAGGAGAAGAAGGACAAAGAGUCUCAGUAGAAAAGACAAGGACAAGAACUGCAUACUGUCCUGAGACCAAGACUCUCUGAAUCAGCGAGCUGCUCAGUCCAGAUCAAAGUUGAUGAGUGACAUUCUGUAUGAUAAAAAUAGAAUCUAUGCAUCUUACAUUCUAUGCAUCUGUGUUAUUAUAUAUUAUCCAAUGUCAGUUUCAGUAUCAGGGUGCCUAGUCAAAUUUACUGGCAUUAUUAUUCGGGUCGAGGAACAGUUCUAAUCCAAAUUUUGUUUGUUACAUGAAAAGUAGAACUACAGUUUCUAAAUUUAUGUGAGAGCGCAACAGCUAAAGGCCAGUUUCGCGCAGCACAAAUAUUCGGCACAAUAAAUUCACUCCAAUUUUGACAACAAACUUGUUUCCACGACUGAAUAAAAGUAAAAGGUCAUCGCAACUUUUUUUUUCUCCCUCACAAUUUGGACUUUUUAUCUAGCAAUUGCGAGUUUGCAUCUUUUUCUCUCAGUAUUACGAGAUAUAAACUCACAAUUGCGAGUUCUAAAGUCAGAAUUACAUGAUACAAAGUCAUAGUUGCUUGUUAAAAAGUCUGAAUUGAAAAAAAAAAAUAUCAGAAUUUGGUGGGGGGGUCAUUUGUGCGAUAUAAACAUGCAAUUGUGGAGUAUUGUGUAAGUCAGUAUUGUAAGUUUAGAUCUUGAUUUUUUGCA